AUGAAGAGAGUUGUCAAAUCCGCUUGCUCGAACACAUUACAAUCAUCAUCGUGCAAGAACAAUAACCUAAUUGCAAACCAAACAAGGUCCUUCAGCAAAACACAAACCACUCAGAAGAGAACAAAGGCUCCAUUCUCCAGAGUUGAAAAGGGAGAAUAUGAUAUUUCCAAUCUCGUAAAACGUUUGGAUAUUGUUAAGCAGAGAUUGAAUAGACCUUUGACUCUCUCUGAGAAGAUUUUGUAUGGACAUUUGGAUGAUCCUGCUAACCAAGAAAUUGUUCGUGGAAAGAGUUAUUUAAAGCUCCGUCCUGAUAGAGUGGCCAUGCAAGAUGCCACUGCCCAAAUGGCCAUGCUCCAAUUUAUGAGUUCGGGAAUUCCAGUCGUUCAAGUCCCAACAACCAUUCACUGUGAUCACUUGAUUCAAGCCGAAGAGGGAGCAAACAAAGAUUUACAAAAGGCUAUUGACGUAAACAAGGAAGUGUACAACUUUUUGUCAACAGCUGCAGCCAAGCAUGGAAUUGGCUUCUGGAAACCAGGUUCUGGUAUUAUUCACCAAAUUGUUUUGGAAAACUAUGCUUUCCCUGGAGGUUUAAUGAUUGGUACUGACUCACAUACACCAAAUGCCGGUGGUCUAGGAAUGCUUGCUAUUGGAGUUGGUGGUGCUGAUGCAGUUGACGUGAUGGCCGGAAUUCCUUGGGAAUUGAAGACACCAAAGGUUAUUGGUGUUCAUUUGACUGGAAAGUUGAAUGGAUGGACAGCACCAAAGGAUGUUAUUUUGAAGGUUGCUGACAUUUUAACAGUUAAGGGUGGUACUGGUGCCAUUGUUGAAUACUUUGGUCCUGGUGUUGAGUCUCUUUCUUGUACAGGUAUGGCCACCAUUUGUAAUAUGGGUGCUGAAAUUGGAGCUACCACAAGUGUUUUCCCAUAUACCAAAGCUAUGGAGAGAUACUUGAUUUCCACAAAGAGAACUGAAAUGGCUGAACUUGUUAAUGACCACAAGGAUAUUUUCACUUCUGAUAAGAAUGCUGAAUAUGACCAAAUUAUUGAAAUUAACUUGGAUACAUUGGAGCCACACAUUAACGGACCAUUCACACCUGACCUUGGAACACCUUUGUCAAAGUUUGCUGAACGAGUUCAAAAAGAAGGUUGGCCAGAAAAGUUGAGCGUGGGUUUGAUUGGUUCAUGCACAAACUCAUCCUAUGAGGACAUGACUCGUGCAGCAGAUGUCUGUAAGCAAGCUGCUGAGCAUGGAGUGAAGGCAAGGUCAUUCUUCUUGAUUACACCAGGUUCUGAACAAGUGAGAGCUACUAUUGAACGUGAUGGAAUUUUGAAGAAUUUGGAAUCUGCUGGAGGUCAAGUGUUGGCUAAUGCCUGUGGUCCUUGUAUUGGUCAAUGGGAAAGAAAGGACGUCAAGAAGGGCGAAGCAAACUCCAUUAUUACAUCCUAUAACAGAAACUUUACUGCUCGUAACGAUGGUAACUCUGCUACACAUGCUUUUGUCGCAUCACCUGAAAUUGUUACCGCUCUCACCAUUGCUGGUACUUUGAAGUUUAAUCCAAUGAAGGACUCUUUGGUUGGUUCUGACGGCAAGGAGUUCAAACUUUCUCCUCCUCGAGGUGAAGAGUUACCAUCAAAAGGUUUUGAUGCUGGCCAAAACACUUUCCAAGCUCCUCCUGCAGAUGGAUCAAACAUCAAGGUUGAAGUUUCUCCAACAAGUGACAGACUCCAAUUGUUGGCUCCAUUCUCUCCAUGGGACGGUAAAGAUUACACCGAUUGUUCAAUUCUUAUUAAGGUUCUAGGUAAAUGUACAACUGAUCACAUCAGUAUGGCUGGAUCGUGGUUGAAGUAUAGAGGCCACUUGGACAAUAUUUCCAACAACCUUUUGAUUGGUGCUAUCAAUUCUGAAAACGGAAAGGCCAACAGUGUCAAGAAUCAAUUGACUGGCGAAUAUCAAGGAGUUCCAGAUGUUGCUCGUCACUAUAAGGCAAACAAUGUUAAAUGGGUUGUCAUUGGUGAUGAAAACUAUGGUGAAGGAAGUUCUAGAGAACAUGCUGCUUUGGAACCUCGUUUCCUUGGUGGUGUUGCCAUCAUUACUCGUUCAUUUGCUCGUAUUCACGAAACCAACCUCAAGAAGCAAGGAAUGUUGCCAUUAACUUUCAAGGAUCCAAAGGAUUAUGACAAGAUUGAUCCAAGCGAUAAAUUGACAUUGCACAUCAGUGGAGCCCAAUUUCAAGUAGGUAAACCAGUCCGAAUGACUGUCAAGAAACAAGAUGGCAAGACAUUUGACGUUGAACUCAACCACACAUUCAGUGACUUGCAAAUUGAAUGGUUCAAGGCUGGAUCUGCUUUGAAUUAUAUCAAGAAUGAAUUGGCAAAACAAAAACAAUAA